AUGACGACAAAUCAAUUAUUAGAUCGAUAUAAAGCUUGUUUGGUAUUGAGUGGCGCCGGAGAUGCAUUAGGAUAUCGAAGCGGAAUAUGGCAGUUUAAUAGUAACGGUAGAGAUAUUCAUCGUGAAUUAAACGAGAGAUUUGGUCAGAUUGAAGACAUUCGAAUCGAACUUCCACAAUGGCGUGUUAGUGAUGAUACAAUACUUCAUAUCGCUGUUGGCCAAGCUCUUGUUGAACAUGGCGAGAAGGACCCGUCACCGGCAUUAUAUUCACGAGUAGUGAAAAAAUUCAAAGAAAUCUUGAAUGACCUAAAAAAUCGUCAUCCUAGUUCAAGUACUGUAUCGGCAAUUAGUCGUUUAUCAGAGAAAGAUUGGUCACAACCAUAUUCUGCUGUAUCAAAUGACUGUACAGCCGCUGUUCGAUCGAUGGUCAUUGGUCUGCGUUACUCUCAACCUUCGGAGUUCGAAAAUCUCAUGCGAGUUUCCCUCGAAAUCUCACGUAUGACACAUACGCAUACUUGGGGUUUUCUCGGUGGAUUUACUUCGGCAUUAUUUACCUCCUAUGCUAUUCAAAAUAAACCAGUCAAAACAUGGAGUCAGUCUUUAAUCGAGAUUCUACCCACUGUUCAAGAUUACAUACAGACGCAACAACGACCUGAUCUAGCACAAAAUAUGCGAAGUUGGUUGUCGUUUGAAACCUUUUGGAGAAAUUUUAUUCCUCAACAAGAAACGAAUGUCAAAGAUCUUGACCAACGCGAUGAAUUCUAUCGGCAGUUUUCCCAUGCUGGAUGGGCGGGUGCAAGUGGAACUGAUUGCAUUGCACUAGCUUAUAACGCUUUAUUAACGUGCCGCGGAUCAUGGUCUGAAUUGUGUAAACGAGCGGCUUUGCACGGUGGUCAUGGUGAUGCGACAGGGUGUAUUGCUGGCGCUUUAUUUGGAGCUAUUCAUGGCUUUGAGAAUGUCCCAAAGCAAAAUUACGAAAAUGUGGAGCACCAUGAUGAGCUCGAAACAAUCGGUAAGAAGUUAUUUCAUUUAUGUCAAGGGUCGGUGCAACCCAAAGAAAAAGUUGAAGCAACAGCUGACCAGCGUGGUCCUUGCGUGCAUUUUGUAUUCAUCCCAUCAGAUAUUCUCGAUAAUAUGCCGGCAUUUCGUCAAUGGCGUUUAUCGAAAUCCGCCAAAGCUGAAGACAAAAGUAAUGUCCUAUCAAAAUUAGUUUUUCAAGGCUUAAAAAUCAAUUAA